AUGGGUAAACCUGGUUCUCCUGUAAAUCAAACCAUGCAUAAAGGCAUCACUGGAUCACUCCUGUAUCUCACUGCAAGCAGACCAGACAUUGUGUUCAGAGUGGGUUUUUGUGCAAGUUUUCAAUCAAAUCCAAAAGAGUCUUAUCUGAGAGUUGCUGAAAUAAUUUUGAGAUGUCUUAAACGAACACAGGACAUGGUUCUCUACUAUCCCUCAGGUUAUCUGGUGGAUAGGAAAAACACACCUGGAAUGGCACACUCUCUGGGUUCCUGUCUUAUCUCAUGGGGUACAAGGAAGCAAAAUUCAAUGGCACUCUCAAUGGCUGAAGCAGAAUAUGUAGAAGUUGCCUCCUACUAUGCUCAAUUGUCGUGGAUCAAGCAGUAA